GCGCCCGGGCGUUUUCGCGGUGACCUUGUUGCUGUGCUCGUGCAGCCGUCUGAAAAAUAAGAGCUGCCAUAUCCUGGGUCAGACCACAGCUACCUCUGGUCUUGCCGACUCCCAGGACGUCCCAGGCAGCCUCCUCCUGGCCUGAGCCCAACCUGAGCGGGAGGGCGCCAGGGACGGCAGGGCUGCACCGCUGCCCCUUGUCUGCCUCUGGGCAGUCCCCGCUGACACUUCGCACUGAUUUGCGAGUGCUGUGCCUGGUGCCCCACUCCUGCAGUCUUCUUAACCUGACACCCUCCCUCCCUCUCUCCCUCACUGCUUUGUCUUUUAUUUCUUUCUAUUCAGGUGGCACAUAUCUGGUAGCUGCCUGUUAAUGGGAGAGGGAGGCUGCUAACUUUUGCCCUAUUUGCCUUAUGUGUGUCCAGUAGGCCUGUGCUACACAGGGGUAGAGAAUGGAUGUGGAAAGGAUGAGUGAAUGGGUCUGAUCAGGGUUCUUUUUGCACUGUCCCUCUCUGGCUUGCAGCCUCCAGCACUUGGGUCCAGAAGUUGAUUCAGCAUGUCCCUAAUCCCUACGCUUUAUACCUACCGGUUGCACCUUCCCUCCAAGAAUUGGUCCAGUCCUCUUUUGAAUCGGACUAAACUGUCAGCUUCCAGCACGUCUGGUGACGAGUGCCACACUUUAAUUCCACACUUCCUUUUGUUUGUUUUGAACUUUCCCUCCUAGUUUCAUUUUCUGACCCCUAGAUCUUACUUUGCCAGUGGGGCUGGUCUAUAUGUACUGCGUGAUUGCCUAGUGAAUUGUGUAAUACGUGGCAAGGAGCCUUAGGGUGUUACCAUAAUGCAACGUGUACUGUGCGCUGGGGUUCAGAAACUAACUUGUCAUGCUUGUGGAACAGGAUGAAGUCUCUAGAUCAGACCAGAGAUUCAUUGCUAUUACGGCCAAGCUGAAACAUUAAAAUGUCCGUCUAUAGCUAGGGUAUUGGAAACUGCAGAGAGGAUCAGCUGUUUUUCAGGCCAGAAAAUUAGUCAGAGUAAUUACACUUGAAAUGUAUGCCUGUUUGCAGUCAUGCAUUUUGUGGUGCAGUACUCUACAGGGCAGUAACACAGAAUCAAGCUACCAUACACGUGCUAUGAGAAACGCCUUGGAAUUGAAGUGAUGUACAGGAUAUUUACACAUGAUGUGAGAAUUUGUUUAAUGUCAAACUUGGGAGUUAUGGCAGCACAUUGGAUGAGAAUGCUGGUGAUGCUUCUAGCAGCUCAGGCGUUGCUUAUGGUAAAUAGUUUUGAGGAUGAAGAUGUUCCUGCAGAAUGGAUUCUUCUUCAUGUUGUUCAAGGUCAGAUUGGAGCUGGAAAUUACAGUUACUUGAGACUAAAUCAUGAGGGGAAGAUCGUGCUUCAGAUGCAGAGCUUAAAAGGUGAUGCAGAUUUGUAUGUAUCUGAUAUGACUCUUCACCCCAGCUUUGAUGACUAUGAGUUACAAUCUGUAACUUGUGGCCAAGAUGUUGUUCACAUACCAGCACACUUCCGUCGCCCAGUGGGAAUAGGAAUUUAUGGUCACCCCUCUCAUCAGGAGAGUGAAUUUGAAAUGAAAGUAUAUUAUGAUCGAACAGUUGUACAAUAUCCCUUUGGUGAGGCUUCCUACAACCCAGACGAGAUGGAGGCAAGCCAGAAACAGUUGCAUUCAGAAGAUGAAACUCAGGAUGAAGAGUCUGUUUUUUGGACUAUAUUUAUUGGAAUCUUGAAGCUAAUACUUGAAAUUCUUUUUUAAAAUAACCAACUGGACAUACACACUGGGCUAGUGCACUUACAACCUGUGAAAUUGAACAUGAAUAAUUUGCUGUGAGCAUUGGUACUUUUUUUGGUAAAGUUUCCUGAAGAGGUAUUUGGGUUAACUUUUCUAUGCUGGAGAGGGGAAAAGAAAAGCCAUAUCUAACUUUCUGUCGUAAAUCCUACCAUACAUAAAAUGAACAGCAAGCACAGUAUUCACAGUUUUCUUUAUAGAUCAGGGUUGAACAAUGAAUGUACAAAGGGAACUUCAUAAAAAUUCUCUAUUACUUUGAAUAGGUGCUUAAGAAAAAAAAAGGACUUUGAUAAUUCAAUGUAUUUUCUAUUAAAAUUACUAUUUUAUAUGAAGAAAAGUUGUAAAAUCUGAGAAGCUGCAGUUCUAACAUCCCCUCCCAAUUUAAAAUAAAGAACUAAUUUUCCAA